UUAAGAUUAUUCCUCAAUUUGUCUUAGACUUUCAGCUACAUAGCUUGCCCAUUAGUAAAACAGAUAGCAAAUUUUAAGUAAAUGUUAGGGAAAGAAGGAGAAGAAAAUUAAUGAUCAAAUAAAACUGUGUCUAAUGAGAACAAAUUGGCUAAAGAGGGUUUUAUCAACUGUUUGGCAUAGAACUGAUAAAAAUUAUCUUCAGCUAGGCAUACUUGAGGCUUGAUUACAGAAGUGAUGCUAGUCUUCUCACACACCUAAAAUUUAUUUAAGAGACUAAGCUAGGGUCUUCACGGUCUUUAGGAAGAGUGGCAUGGGGCAAUGCGUUCCUUGCUAGCUCUUCUAAGUCAUGGCGCUUCCCAGCAAAUUCCUCCUUUGGUUUUGCUGCUUUGCCUGGCUGUGUUUUCCCAUUAGCCUUGGUUCUCAGGCUUCUAGGGGAGAAGCUCAGAUUGCAGCUAGUGCUGAGGUGGAAUCUGAGGUUGAGCCUUGGUCCUUGCUGCAACCUGUAGAUGGGAGAGACAGAUCUGGCCUCCUUCCCCCUCUUUUCAAAGUUCUAUCUGAUGGGCGACUUGGGGCACCUAGGCUGCAGCCAGACUCCAGAGCUCUGCACUACAUGAAGACGCUCUAUAAGGCAUUUGCUACCAAGGAAGGGAUCCCUAAAUCCAAUAGAAGUCACCUCUACAACACCGUUCGGCUCUUCACUCCCUGUGCCCAGCACAAGCAGGCUCCUGGAGACCAGACGACAGGAAUCCUUCCAUCAGUGGACCUGCUGUUUAACCUGGAUCGUGUUACUGCUGCUGAACACUUACUCAAGUCAGUCUUGCUAUACACUAUUAACAACUCAGUUUCUUUUUCCUCUGCUGUUAAAUGUGUGUGCAACCUGGUGGUAAAGGAGCCCAAGUCUUCUAGUAAGACUCUCCCUAGAGUUUUACACUCAUUUACCUUUAACUCACAGUUUGAAUUGGGCAAGAAACACAAAUGGAUUGAGAUUGAUGUGACCACCCUCCUUCAGCCUCUAGUGGCCUCCAACAAGAGAAGUAUUCUUAUGUCUAUAAAUCUUACAUGCACAAAAGACCAGCUGCAGCAUCCUUCACAGGAUGGUUUGUUUAACAUGACUUUUCUGGUGCCCCCCUCACUGAUCUUAUAUCUGAAUGACACAAGUGCUCAGGCUUAUCACAGGUGGUAUUCCCUUUACUAUAAAAGGAGGCCUUCACAAGAUCCUGACCAGGAGAGAAGUCUGCAUGCCUAUCCCGUGGGAGAAGAGGCUGCUGAGGAUGGGAAAUCUUCCCAUCACCGUCGCCGGAGAGGUCAAGAAACUGUCAUCUCUGAAUUGAAGAAGCCCCUGGUUCCAGCUUCCUUCAAUCUGAGUGAAUACUUCAAACGGUUUCUCUUUCCCCAAAAUGAGUGUGCGCUCCAUGACUUCAGACUAAGCUUUAGUCAGCUGAAGUGGGAGAACUGGAUUGUGGCUCCACACAGAUACAACCCUCGAUACUGUAAAGGGGACUGUCCAAGGGCAGUUGGGCAUCGGUAUGGCUCUCCAGUUCACACCAUGGUGCAAAACAUCAUCUAUGAGAAGCUUGACUCCUCAGUGCCCAGACCAUCAUGUGUACCCGCCAAAUACAGCCCCUUGAGCGUUUUGACCAUUGAGCCUGAUGGCUCAAUUGCGUAUAAAGAAUAUGAAGAUAUGAUAGCUACUAAGUGCACCUGUCGUUAACAAAUGGUCCUUUAAAACCUUGAGUCUAUCUGUGCCUUCAGGAGAUGCUUCAUGUGUCAGAUCUCUAAGUAAAAUGCAGGUAUGUUGUAUAAGGAGCUUGUGUAGAUUAGUACCUUCUGUAACAUCUCUGUGUAAAGGAAUAACAUCAGUUGCUUCUGAGCCUUUUUUAUUUCCAAAUUUAAAUUAAGUGUAAUUAUUGUGGAGAGCUUUAAUUUUUUUCCUUGAGCAGUUUUUUCCUUUUCAUAGGAGUCUUGUUUUUGCUGGGGAGAAAAUCUUAAUUAGCAUAAAUCUUGGUUAGACUUGCAGCUAUAUAGAUAUUUCAGAGUGUUUAUUUAAUGGAAGAAUAAAUUCCU